AAAAACAUGGAGGGAUCAACUUUACAGCUCCCAACACAAGUCAAGUCUGCUCCUACUGCUGUUGGACUUAGAAGAAAGAAUAUAUAUGCUGGUGACCACCCUCGCCUGCCUACCUCUUAGUGCAGCCCGGGGGCGACCACGCAGGGCCUGCCUUCCCACGGGGGACAAAGCAGCGCUGCCAGCACCUCGAGUUCGUGGGGAAGACUCUGCCGAUCCCGUGAGAGGAGGUGUCAUGGCCGCGUCCCCCGCCGCCUGGGGAGGAGGAGGGGAAGGAGGCGAGCUGGCACUCGGCCCAGUGGACUCAUUGGUCGCAGCUGGGCCAUGGUGUUUGCUGCUGGAGGCUUAAAAGUGAAACUUUAUGAUAUUGCACAAGAACAGCUAACAAGUGCAUUGGAAAACAUUCGCAAACAAAUGAAAGAGCUGAAGGAAUCGGGAUUCCUGAAAGGAGCUUUGAGUGUGGAGCAGCAGUUGGCUCUCAUUAGCGUCUGUACAGACCUGAAGGCAGCAGUAGAGGGUGCUACUUUCAUUCAGGAAUGUACUCCGGAGAACCUGGAGCUGAAAAAGAAGAUUUUUGGUCAGUUAGAUCUUAUUGUUGGUGACAAUGUUAUCUUGAGCAGCUCGACUUCUUGUCUCUUACCCAGCAAAUUGUUCACUGGCCUUAAGCAUGUUAAGCAGUGUAUUGUGUCACAUCCCGUAAAUCCACCUUACUUUGUGCCAUUAGUUGAAAUUGUUCCUCAUCCAGAAACAGAUCCUUCUACUACAGAGAGAACAUAUGCCCUGAUGAAGAAGAUUGGUCAAUCUCCUGUCAAACUAAACAGAGAAAUUGAAGGGUUUGUUCUGAAUCGGCUCCAGUAUGCAGUGAUAAGUGAAGCCUGGAGACUUGUGGGUGAAGGAGUAAUAUCUCCUACAGAUCUAGACCUUGUGAUGUCUGAUGGAUUGGGAAUGCGAUACGCGUUUAUUGGACCUCUGGAAACCAUGCAUCUUAAUGCAGAAGGUAUUUCAAAUUACUGUGAAAGAUACCGUGAAGGUAUGAAACUUGUUCUGAACACCUUUGGACCAGUGCCAGAAUUUUCAGGUGAAAUUGAGCAGAAAAUCAAUCAGGCAAUGUGUGAAAAAAUUCCAAGUGUUCCGAAAAUCCUGGAUGCCAGGAGAAAAUGGAGAGAUGACUGUCUCACUGGUCUUGCCAAAUUGAAAAAAGAAAUGAAAUCUGACUGAGGUGCACCUUGUCUAACAGGAGAGAGAGACCAAAUGAAGAGCAGGUCUUCAUAAAGAGUGGAAUUUUUUUGGUCAUGCAGAAGAGGAGACUGAACGUGCAACCAAUGAUAUGCACAAAUGUAGAGACCAAUGAAACAUUUGGUCCAAAUUUGUUGUGACAUAAUUCAUGAAUAACUGGAAACGGUUAUUUAAAAGUUCAGCUAAAAUUCAUCAAAUUAUUAUUAUAUAUAUGCAUUAGAUGUGUAAGCAUAAAGUAGCUUUAGCAAUAUUAACAUUGUGCAAUGCUGGAACACAAUCACGUUUUAAAUAAUGCAUUUUUCAGCUUGCUUGGGAAUUCAGUGCUUGAACAAUAUUUGCUUACGCAGGGAUCUGACAUAGGCAAACAUCAGCUGUUUGUCACUGGGGAAAAUAAGCCCUCACCCGCCAAUCACUGCCGGAGUGAGGUUAAUCUGUAAAGCACUGACCGUAGAUAGGAGAGGGCUGUGUUGAGCAAAGAGCAGAUUCACUGGCUGGUGAGCUGAGACCUCAACAGCAGUAAGGGUCACCUCAACUUAGCUCUGUAACUGUUCCACAAUGUAGGGGAAGGAAUUGCUUUUCCUUUCCCUCCCUUUGGCACUUCUGUAGCUGUAGGAUGAUCUAAGUUUGAGUAAACAGAGCAGAAUCCCCCCCUCAUCCCCUGCCCCUGGUUCUGUAAGAACUCAUCAGAGACCUACUCCGUUUUUAAGGCCAUGUACUUGAUACCCCAUGGCUUUUCCCCCACCUGAAGUCAGAAGUGUGGUGCUCACCAUUGGCAUUGCUGCAUAAAUAUGUGCCACAUUUUAAGACUUGUCUAGGAAAAAGCAGGUAUUUUGAUUUCAUAGCUAGCUUGAGAGACAGUAUGGUGUAGUGGAUCAGCCUGGACUUCCUCCCAGGCUACUCUGUGACUACUCCCAAACUACUCCAGUUCACCUCUCUGUUUCCAUGCCUGUUUUGUACAUUAUCUGAAGAUAGGAGUGCUUCUUUAGGACUCAGCACUACUGAAUUUAACAGCUGUAGCUGAAGGGACACCAGGUAUCUGCUGGUUUUCUCCCCCCCAGAGGGAAAGGUGCAAUGGAUGAGAUGUAGCAUUUAUGCUUUACUGCUGCCCUUCCUGCAGGAGACACGACAUCUCCUGCACGUACAAAGAUGCAGUGCACACCUGGAAGUAGUGAUACUCUCAGAUGCUGCACUGGCGUGUUGUGGUCCACAGCAGACAAAAUGUUAUGAAUGUAUAUGCCCUGUAAUACAGUUGGACUUGGAUCUUAGCCGGAACCUUGGGGCAGUGUUGUUCUGCAGAUGGUGAGGAUACCUCGACACCGCGCAUCGCACCCACGCUGCUGGGGUUAAGUGUUUCUGAAUUUGUGCUAACUGGUCAUGUACCUUCAGUCCCAGAACAGAUGCAGAAGCGUUGAGCUGUCAUUUUGCUAAUGCUCAGCUCAGGGGCAUUUCAAAUCUUGUUUUUUACAGAGGGUGCAGCACACAAACAAGUUACUGAAACUUAGUCAGUUGAGCUGAACAGCAGAUGUGUCUGUGUGAACACACCAAUACCACUGAUUUCUGCUUAGGUCACAGUAAAAAAGGCCUAAGAUAAAUUGUAUCACUUGACCACUUAGUGGGCCAAGAACACAUCUCUGGAUGUGAAACACGGAGUGGGAGGCAUAAUGCUUGAGGUUGUCCUGUGCUCCUUUAUAAUCGGUGACGAGAAAAGAAAAUUUGUAAGCUGAAUUUAUUUUAUCUCAAUAUCGACUUAAAAUUGUCAUGUUUCUUCUAUUACUUUUUAUUGCCACAGGAACUGGCUCAACCUGCAUUCAGACAUCUGAAGUUGGGGAGGUCAAUCUUUGCUCCUGAUGACUUAUUAAGCAAUAGAAAAUUAAUUAUGGGGCUGAUUUCCUCAUUUUAUGUAUGUUCUUGUACUUGAAACAAGGCCACAGAAGGUUCCAAUUACUUUCAAGAUUAGUCCUGUUUUUCUAUGCGCAUAUGACAUUGUAAUUAGCUCACAUUGCUUCUGUUUAUACUGAUAUUUUAAAACUGGAUCAUGUCAUCAAAUAUUUGCCUCCAUCUUUAUUAUUUGCUUAUGAAUAAAAUAUUUUAAUGAA